UCAUUUUUGCGAAGAAGCGAAGCUACGUCGUAAAAUGUUAUUACGACUGUGACCACUUCUUUACGGCAGAUAAAAUAUGGCGGAAGGUGAGAAAACACUCAACGGAGUGGAUCUCAGCAAGAAAUGGCUGGAUGCCGCAGACAGCUAUGCAGAAUUGCGAUCCUACCUGCGAGACAUGGUGCCAAGGACCUACCACCUGGACACGGUGCUUGAUCCGCAGGAAGAGGAGCGGGUGCAGAAAUGCCUCCUCCACCCACUGGAGUGUUUCCUGUUUGGCGAGGAUCCGGAGGAGGGCUUGGCCAAACUCAAGCAGGGCAGCGAGUCCUCUGGGAUAUGUGGCCGUGUCUUCAAGGAGGGAGAGACAGUCUACUCCUGCAGGGACUGUGCGAUAGACCCCACCUGUGUGCUGUGCAUGGACUGCUUCCAGGAAAGUGUGCAUAAAGGCCAUCGCUAUAAGAUGCACGCCUCAUCGGGUGGUGGGUUCUGCGACUGUGGAGAUCUGGAGGCCUGGAAGAUCGGCCCCUGUUGCGCCAUACACGACCAGGGGACGGCUGUUGCCAUGGAAACCGACGCCAGUGUGCUGGAUCCUGUCCUGCACGAGCGCGCUGAGCAGCUGUUUCGUUGUCUCCUGCGCUACGUCACCGAAAUGCUGGUCUGGGAGAAAUACUACGAGCUCCCAGAAGACCUUGAGCCCAGGGUGGACGAAGAAGUGUACUUAUGCGUGCUGUACAACGACGACCACCACUCGUUCGACCACGUUAUCUACAGCCUGCAGCGCUCCAUCAAGUGCACCCAGGCGGUGGCCCAGGCCCACACAGCGCUCAUCGACAAAGAGGGACGCUGGAUCGUGAAGAAAGGAACGGUUCUGGCUUGCCAGGAAGUGAACGACCUCAUCGAGUCCAACUCGAAGCACAUCUCCCAGGAGGCGCUGCGCGUGGAGGUGCUGCUCUAUGCAGUGGUGGCCCAUCAGACCUUUGCUCUGCGCCUGGGCAACUGGUUCCAGAAGAUCGUCGGUUAUUCAGUUGGUUUCAGGCAGAUCUUCUCUCAAGUGUUCCUUGAGCAUAGACCGGUUCACCAGGAUCCCUGUUUCGUCAGCCAGCUGAUGCUGCAUGAUUUUGUGAUGCACAAAGGAGCUCGCAGGAUCGUGUAUGAGUUGAUCUUCUGCAGCCUGCUAAUGGAUACAGAGUCUAAGAGGCUUUUUGCAAUUGAAUUCACAAAGAAUUAUGACAUGCUGCAGCAGUGCUUCAUCUUUGAUUACCAUGACAGGAGUAUCUUCAUAUCCUCUCUGUCGGUACAGAUCUUCACUGUGCCAACCCUGGCCAGGCAUCUGAUCGAGGAAGCUAAGGUCAUCAAGGUGAUUGUGGGUACCAUCAUGGAGGUGCUCAAGGGUCACCUGUGCGACUCCAACCGCUUCCAGUUCCAAGGCUACAACUCGGACAAGUUCUUCCGCAUUCAUGUCAUCUUCCAUGACCUCAGGUACAUUCUGAUCAGCAAGCCCACUGAAUGGACAGAUGCGUUGAGGACAGCGUUUCUGGAAGGGUUCAAAGCCUUUCUGGAUCUCCUUGGUUGUAUGCAGGGAAUGGAGGAGGUGAAACGCCAGUUCGGUCAGCACAUCGAGGUUGAACCAGAGUGGGAGGCUGGCUUCUCUCUGCAGAUCCAGCUCCGCCACAUCCUCUCCAUGUUUCAGGACUGGUGCGCCUCUGACGAGACGGUCCUGCUCCAGGCCUUCAGAGAAUGCCACGGAGCACUGAUCCAUUGCAACCACCGGGCAAACCAGAGCGAGCCCACCGACUUCUACAUGUGCAAGCAGAUCCUCCACAUCCGUCCUUACAAAGUCUCCCAGGAGCCUGUCAGCAUACACCUGCCCAUCUCCAGGCUGUUCGCUGGCCUGUAUCUGCACCUGUGCAGGACCGGGGCCAUUGAGCGCCUCCACCAACACGUCGAUCCUGCGAGCUACGACUACACCUACCUGGCGGAACACUCUCUGCGCUGCCUGGUGUUGGUGGCGCAGGUCUCGGCCGAGAUGUGGCGCCGGAACGGGCUCUCGCUGGUCAGCCAGGUGUACUACUAUCAGGAUGUGAAGUGCCGGGAUGAGAUGUAUGACAAGGACGUCCUCAUGUUACAGAUUGCAGCCUCCAAAAUGGACCCCAACCACUUUCUCAUGCUUCUCUUGUUGAGGUUUGAGCUAUUUGACGUCUUUAACGGAAGUACCUCAGGCAAAGAUCAGGAGCUGCUGAAGCAGUGGAAUCGGCUGACAGAGGAGAUGCUGUUUCUCCUGAUUGUCAUCAUCGGUGAGCGCUAUGUGCCGGGGGUCAGUGAGGUAACCAAAGAGGACGUGACGAUGAGGGAGGUGAUCCACCUGCUCUGCAUCGAGCCCAUGGCCCACAGCGGCCUGGUCAAAGGCCUGCCGGAAAACGAGAGUCAUGAAACCGGCCUGGAGUCUGUUAUUUCCAAAGUUUCCAAUUUUAAGAAGCCUGGGGUGUCAGGCCACGGUCUGUACGAAGUGAAGAAAGAGUGUCUGCCAGAGUUCAACCCUUUCUUCUACCACUACUCCAAGUCUCAGCACAGCAAGGCAGAGGAUUCCCAGAAGAAGAGGAGAGCUCAGGAGGGCACUGAUCAAGCCCUGCGGCCUCCCGUUCCGCCGGCCUUCUGCCCGGCCUUCUCCAGCGUGGUGCGUCUGCUCAGCUGUGACAUCUUCGUCCACAUCCUGAGGCGAGUGCUGCAGAGAGCUGCCAAGGACCGCUCCACGCAGUGGACCGAGGCCAUGGUCCAGAGGGCCCUGCAUCUGAUUGGACAGGCACUGUUGGAGGAAAAGUCCCAGCUUGAGGCCGCUGCAGACGAGGAGGUGGCCUUCGAUUUCAGCGUCAAAGCCCGUGGUUUGGGCUCAGAACACAGCAAAUCUGUGUUCCAGCUCCUGACCAAAGUCAAGUCCCUUCCUGCACUGGAAGGCCACAGCGACAUGGUCAAGUGGAUUCUCCAGAUGUUUGAGUCGGUGAAGUGCCACAGAGAGAAGAACUGCCCGACCGCCUCCGUGAGCAUGGACACAAGCAAACCAGAGCCAGAGGUGGCACAGGACAAAGACAAGGCAGAGCGCAAGAGGAAGGCGGACGCCGCCAAGCUCCACCGGCAGAAGAUCAUGGCCCAGAUGUCCGCCAUGCAGAGGAACUUCAUCGAGUCCAACAAGAUGCUGUACGACAACAUGCCGGACAGCAGCAGUAGCCAUCCAGGACCGGCCGCCACGUCUAGUGAGAGCUCCAGUGUCCCGGAGCAGCGGGAGCGCUGCGUGGCCCUGGGCCCCCAGCGCGGCUCCACGCCCGCCCAGCGGGAGGUGCUGACCUGCAUCCUGUGCCAGGAGGAGCAGGAGGUGGCGGCGCUGUCCCAGGCCAUGGUGCUGACGGCGUGCGUGCAGAGGUCCACGGUGCUCACCCAGUGCCGGGGGAAGGCCCUGGGCACGGAGAACGCCUGCGGUAACGCAGCCCCGUCCAACUCGCUCUUCAUGUCCCCUGAACUGGUGGUCGGGACGCACACCGGCAGCUGCGGCCACAUCAUGCACUCAAGCUGCUGGCAAAAGUACUUCGAGGCCAUCCAGAACACGACCAGGAACCGCCUCCACGCCGAGCUGAUCAUCGACCUGGAGAACGGCCAGUACCUGUGUCCCCUCUGCAAGUCUCUGUGCAACACCGUGGUGCCCCUCGUGCCCCUGGAGCCCCUCACCAUCGACUACGAGAAUGCAGAGAUAGUGGGCCAGCACCUGACCCUGCCCCGCUGGAUCCUGAUCCUCUUGGCCAGAAUCAACGGACUCAAGUCCAUCAAUCACAGCUCCGAGGGCGCGUCUCCUGAAGAAGCGUCAGGGCUUUGUGGAGAGGGUCGGCCCGACUUCAGAUCCAUCCUGAGCUUUGGCGUGCAGGAGCCGAGGAAGUUCUCGGACAGCAUAGCCGAGAUGCUCGUGGUGUGUGCCACCACGGUGCACCGGGUGGGCCUGGAGACCCCGCCCAACGAGCUGUGCCCCCACGUGCCCACCAUGGCCUGGAACACGUGCGCCUUCACCAUCCAGGCCAUCGAAAAUGUGUUGCAGGAGGAAGACAAAGCGCUUUUUGGAUCUUUACAGAACCGACAGCUGGUGGGUCUGAACGCCGUCAUCCAGUUCUCCGCCGCCCAGAGGCUGAAGUCCUCCCAGGCUGUGAUCCAAACGCACUUUACAGACAUGCUCGCAGUCCUGUUGCCGACCAUCAGCAGAGAGAAUACCCCCUCUAUCCUGGAGGUGGACUUCUUCCAUCUUCUGGUGGGCAUGGUGCUGUCCGUCCCAGCGCUCUACCACGAGGAGGCGGUGGAGCUGCAGCCGUCGGCCGUCAGCUCCGCCUACAACCACCUCUACAUCCUGCACCUGGUCACCAUGGCGCACCUGGUGCAGGUCCUGCUCACCUCGGACUUUCCUGCAGCGGCGGGGGGGGAGGAGGGAGAGGAGGCCCGGGCGGCGGCGGAGCUCUACAUCACCCUGACCCAGCUCACCACAGGGCUGAGCUCAGAUGUGUCCGGCAGCGCUGUGGCUGAGGGAGUGAAGCGGGCGAUCACGCCUUUCCUGCGCUGCACGGCACUCUUCUUCAAUGGUCUUACAGGAGUGCCCCCUCCGGUGGAGAUCUCCAGCACUGCAGUUACCUCACCAGGACACACGGAGGCGCUGUGCAGUUAUCUGGCGUUACCCUCCAACCUAUUCCAGCUCUUCUGGGAGCACCGGGAGUCUGUGAGGCCUCUGCUGCAGAGGUGGUGCCAAGACCCAGCUGUAACCAAAGCGCAAAAGGGUGAAAUCCAAACAGUCAGGUAUCCAAGGAGGAGGAAUCACCUGAUCGACCUGCCAGCGGAUUACAGCUCCCUCCUAAAUCAGGCCAGUCAUUUCAAGUGUCCCAAGUCCAACGACGGGGAGCGGAAGCACCCCACCCUGUGCCUGGUGUGUGGCACCAUGCUGUGCUCCCAGAGCACCUGCUGCCAGUCCCAGCUGGAGGGCGAGGACGUGGGCGCCUGCACCGCCCACGCCGCUACCUGUGGCGCCGGCGUCGGAGUGUUCCUCAGUAUCAGAGAAUGUGAGAUUGUGCUGAAGGCCAGCAAGACGCGAGGAAGCACUUAUCCGGCCCCCUACCUCGACGACUACGGAGAGACAGACCCCCAGCUUGUCCGGGGCAACCCCCUCCACCUGUGCCCCGAGCGCUACAAGAAGCUGCACCAGCUGUGGCAGCAGCACUGCGUCCUGGAGGAGAUCGCCCGCAGCCUGGAGGUGGACAACGUCAUGUUCGCCCUGGAGUGGCAGAUGCUGUGAGGGGGCGGGACCACGGACUGCCGGGCGCGGCCACACCCCCCCGGUGCUGCGGCCGGCGCCACAAACACCCGCACACACAGGCAACAAGCACGCAGCCACACACACACACACACACACACACACACACACACACACACACACACACACACACACACACACACACACACACACACACACACACACACACACACACACACACACACACACACACGUAUAGAGCUUAGCUUCUCUUUAGUGGGCGGCGAGUGGGGGGGCCCCGGCCUGCCUGAGGGUCCCCAUCCGGCCCCCCACUCCUCUGUAAGGGAGGACCAGAGGCAGUCUUAAUAUGUCUGGCCCUAGCGAGGAGAGGGGAAAGCGAGUGAGCUGCUGCUGCCUUUAUCAUUUGGAUUGCCCCGCGUCACGCGCAAGGCAGCAGGUUCCUCUCCAUAGAGCGAUCGUGAAGACAACCAUGACCCCCCCCACACAAUGUAUCGUUUAAUCAUCACUUUAUGUGUGUCAAGUGCCUCCCCAGUAAUGCUGUGAAGUUCCUGCAUUCUUUCUUUAGUUUAGGGUUUUCUGUUUGAUUCAAGUUUUACGAAAGGGUUUGCUUGAUCACACAGGAGUUCAUUCCCACUAAGGAAGUGUUUGGGAUCAUACUAUGUUUGGAUACAAAACAAUACUAGGUUUCUUUAUAAUAACUAUAUCUUCAUAUAUGUAAUUUUUGGAACAUUUAUUGAUACACUUGUUCAUAAAUCGGAUGUAGCUUACUGUUGAGAAGGGUACAAGUCAUUGUUGUUCUGUCAGAUAUUGGAGGAUUGAAAAAAAGUCUGAAGUUGGUUUUCUUUUUUUUUCAGGUAGCAAUAGUCUUUAUAUUUACCAUACUGGUGACAGAGAAGUUAUCAAAUGAUUAUGGAAAUACCUAUUAGGCCCACCCAGACAAAAACAAACUUUAUUAACCGGAAAUGAUUCGACUGAGCUUGUUGGAUUCAGGUUUCCAUGAAAACGGGAGAACUAGGACUUGCAUCACUAAAGAGCAGCAUACCAGCAGAAGACUAUCCCAGUUAUUCUAUACACGCAUUCAAAAAUACUAUUUAAGAUGAAUAUGUACAUUUUAUGGUAACAAGUUACACAUUGUUCACAAUAAUCGCUUUUAGGGAUAACUGAAACCUUGUGCAUAUUGAAGUUCUUUGUUUUUUUGUUGCUUACUUUUCCAUGACAAUGAAAUAAAGAUCCUGGACUACAAAA